AGCACGCACUCGUUCUCCGCCUUCUCUGCCAACUCCAGGCAGCCCCCAGCGAUCUCUACGAAGCUACUCCGCUUGCAAGAUGGCCCUGACAGCGCGGUCGCGUCGAACGGUGGGACGCCGGUGUCUGCGACCCCAAUCCUCACUCCUGCACCGACCACUGCACCGACGACCCCCAUCGUACGGUCGAGCUCGCAGGUGACGGACGCACGCGAACCUAGCCAGGAUUGUGCUGUGAGCGUGGCACCGCCGCCUUCGCAGAAUGGUGCGAAGGAGGGAGACAUGGGCCCUCCACAGGCGGGAGCGCGCGAGCCGAAGGCUAGUGUGGCGGCCAACCUGGACGCAGUCAACGCACGGACGAUCGCGCUGAGCAAGGAGCACAAGCAAGGACCGGAUGAGGAAGCUGUCAUGGUCGAGACUGCUGCCAGGUUUGCAUCGAAGCUGGCAGAGGACCAUCGUGCUGUGCUAGCCCCAGACGUCGACGAGCCUUUUGUCGAUGAGGUCGAUGUAGUCAAGAGGCUGUUGCCGUACCACGUCUUCCAACUGCCCAAGGAGGAUCUCGACGUGCUGCUUCAAGGUGGCGGCCCAUAUUCAUCAUGUAAGGGGAAGCGGAAGGCCACCGAGGAGGAUAUCCUUCGUGAGGAGAUUGCUGAUACAAAAUUUGCGAUCGAAUGCUGGAGACGAAGGAGGUCGCUGGAACGGCGGUUCAAGAAGGCUCGGAUCGAGUCGGGCAGGUACGCGUCACCUCCUGACCAGGGCUACGUGAUCGCGCAAGCCGUAAUGGAAGUCGAACGCGCGGAAAACGCAGCAUUGAAUGCAGAGUUGCGAUCUGCGCGAGCGGAAUUGGACAAGAUAGAGCGCGAGAAACGCGCAGCUGCACCUCCGACUCCUGCGGCCUCUACACCUGCCCGACCGACGCCGACGGUGCGCACAACGACCGCUUCCAACUAUUACACUCCUUCGACAUCCACGACGUCAACACCCACAACGGCGACGUUCAUGCCCCCCUAUCGGCCACCAUACUCCUCGUAUUCUCAGUACCCUACGACGCAGUACACCUAUAACCCGUAUGCCUACAGCUCCUACACGCCCACCACAUCGGCUGCAUACGGCACUCCCCAAACGCCGGUCACUCCAGCCCCUGCCACUCCGUAUAACCCGCCUGCGAGCGCUGCAAGUGCAACACCCACAUCCGUUGCAUCAGCGCAAGUCCAACAAGCUCAAGCUCAAGCUACCGGAAGUACCACGGCUAUCCCUGUGCAACUUCCGGUGAGCUCCCUUCCCGCUUUGGCGGCUCUCGGGAUCAUCCCCGUAGCAGCAGCGUCGCUGCCGCCAGCAGGCCAGUCACAGCCACCAGCGGUGAUCAAGUCGACGAACGGCACCAUGCUGAGCCUCGAGAUCAAUCUCUCGCUGCUGCAAUCCGCGCAGAUGAGUGGACUCGUGUUAAUUCUUAACGCGUUGACGUCACGGGGCGUCAACGUGGAUGGCUCAAGCGGGGCUGCUUCCCUAUCAGGCGUAUCGUCGGUGGCAGCAAACGGUGUUGCUUCAGCUGCUACUUCGAAUGCGGCCGCGCCUUCGACUUCGACUUCUUCAUCUGCGAGCACUCCCUCCCGUGCCCCUGGGUCAUAGCAGCGCAUGCGACAGAGAAGACGGAUGAUAACGAAGGGCGGUGUUUGGACAGAGGUGAUCAGGGACAAGGACACGGCCGAUUCGCGCUGCUACCGUAGCGUCGGACGAGAGCCUCCGUAUUGUUAUUGAUGUAUCAAUAAGCAGGGAUUGCCGUCGCUGUGGACGGCGUCCUGUAACCAAGGUUUGCUGUGAG